AUUGUUGUUGGCAUAACCGCGUCAUUGGUGGAGCAUGUCGGGGCUGGCGGCGCAGUCGUUGAAUGGCGUCAAGAUCUACAACUUGAGCGCUGGGAAGACAUUGCCCCAAUGGAUCGCUCAAAAGACCCGCAGAGCUCUAUCCCGGGACGAAGACUACCAGCGUCGACUGGAGUUGCUGCAGGACUUUCACUUCCCCGUGUCGUCGCAACGCGUGACCAUGUCGCCUGACGGUCACUACGUGAUUGCCGCGGGCACGUACCCACCAUCGAUCAAGGUGUACGACGUCCGUGACUUGAGUUUGAAGUUUGAACGGCGGCUGGACAGCGAGGUGGUGCGGCUCAUCUGCCUGUCGGAGGACUUUGGCAAGCUCGCGCUGCUGCAAUUGGAUCGAUCGAUUGCGUUCCACGCUCCGUACGGUACCCACACGUCCGUGCGCAUCCCCAAAGCGGGACGGGAUAUGGUCUACCACCGCGGCGACUGCGACUUGUACAUUGGCGCGUCGGACUCUGAAAUCUACCGCCUCAACCUCGACCAAGGCCAGUACUUGGCUGGCCUACAGACCGACAUGCCUGCCGUCAACGUCGUGCGGCUGAACCCCCUGCAUCAACUCCUCGGUGCUGGUGGGGACAAUGGUGUCGUGGAGAUGUGGGACACCCGCAGCCACACCCGCGCGGGGUCCCUGGCGGCGGCUUCGACUGGCGUCACCGCCCUCGCUUUCGAUGUCGACGGAUUGACCUUUGGCGUGGGUACCCAAACCGGCGAAGUCAAGCUGUACGACUUGCGGUCGUCCACGCCCUUGUUGACCAAAACACAUCAAUAUGGCCUGCCAAUCGUGGACCUGACGUUCCACGAAGGCCCGUCCAAGCAAAUCCUGUCGUCGGAUGCCAAGUGCAUCAAGGUAUGGGACAAACACUCGGGGGCGUUGUUUACGAACGUGGAAACGUCGGCCGACAUUCGCGACGUGUGCGUCGUCCCUGGGAGCAACGGCAUGUCGGGCGUGCUCAUGGUGGCCGGCGAGCAGGAGCGCGUCAUGUCGUACUAUAUUCCAGAACUGGGCAUUGCUCCGAAAUGGUGCUCGUUCCUGGACAACUUGACGGAAGAACUCGAAGAAGAAGCGACGACCACCGUCUACGACGACUACAAGUUUAUCACGCGCGUGGAAUUGCAGCAACUCGGACUCGAACAUCUCAUGGGCACGCCCUUGUUGAAAGCGUACAUGCAUGGGUUCUUCAUGGAUGCUAGACUGUACGGUAAAGUGCAUGCGGUGGCAGCCCCCCUCGCGUACGACACGUACCGCAAGGACAAGAUCAAGCAAAAGCUCGAGGCCAAGCAAGCCAACCGCAUCACUAUCCAGCGCCGAUUGCCCAAAGUUAACAAGGCGUAUGCCGAACAAUUGCUGGCUCAGCAAGCUAAAAAGACAUCCGCCAAAGAACACGAAGACGUCAGCACGACCAACCCCCUGGGCGACGACCGGUUUGCCAAAAUGUUUAUGUCGAGUGAUUUCCACGUCGACGAAGAGAGUGACACGUACCGGUCCAUGCAUCCGAACGCGCAAUACACCAAGAAGAAGCGCUCCGAUGAUGUCGAUAGUGACAACGAUGAUGCUGUGGACGAAGACCGAUUUGAUUUGGUCCGCGAUGACAACGAAAAGGAAGGCAAGCCCAGUGACGUGUCGUCUUCGGAUGAUGACGACGGCAGUGACGAUGAUAAGAAGACGCCAGUGAAAAAGCUGGUGAAAGCGCCCAAGUUUUUCGAACUGGCCAAGGGCGAAGCCAUCAAGAACGUGGUUGGAUUUGGCUCGGCCGCGGACCGCGCCGCGCAGCGCGAACGCCGGCAGCUGAGCAAACUGCCGCUGGCCGACCGUGUCAAACUGGAGCGCGUCAAGGGCCGGGAGCGAAGUGUGAUGAAAAAAGUCGACGAUCACGGCACGUCCUCCGGCGGCAUGGUGCGCGAGAUGAGCUACAUGCCCACCCACAGCCACGGCAAGCGCGCGUCGCGAGGCCCGGCAGAGGCGGACCAUGCGCGCAAGAAGCGAGGGGUCCAAGAUCUCAAGUUCAAAGCCGAGCACCGGAGACCGUCCGCAGGAGGACGAGGCGGUCGCGGAGGUCGAGGGGGUCGCGGGGGGGGCGGCGGCGGACGAGGCCGGGGACGGGGAUAGGUAGAAAUAUCAAGUUAACAAUAGAAAACCAAAGUUGUGCAUGCUACUUUGAAGUAAGUGGAGUCGAGGCAACAUGAUGUACAUAACGUUGUUAGCUUGGCUGUUCAGGGAUUAAGCUGCACCAGAUAUGUACACUACUCAGUCUGUACCCUCAAGGAAUUAACUAUAAAGGCAAUUCCAGCAUACUAUACGUAUAAU